AUGCAUCAGAAAAUACGACUGUAUAUCACAAAGGACACAUAUGUCCUCGAGCCAGAGUCUGGUGCUAGUUUAAUUGUUCGUCGCAAGAGUGGUACCGUUGAACUUGGUGCUGACAAUGCAGUUCCUCCGGUUACAGAGCAAGAGACAGCAAUGUCUAUCAGCGGUAUUAUGGGAUUUAUUCAACUUCAAGCAUAUUUAGGUUAUUACAUGAUCGUCAUCACGAAUAGUGAAACGAUCGGCUCUAUCCGUGGUCAUGAUAUCCAUCGUGUUGGCUCGUUCCAAAUACUACCGCUGGCUCGCAAUCUUGCAGGUUUGACAGAAAUUCAGAAACAAGACGAACAUACCUACGUCCGCCUUCUCGAAAACCAUCUAAAGUCUGGAGGAUUUUACUUUUCGUACACGUAUGAUCUGACGCAAAGCUUGCAGAGGCAGGGCGAAUUCAACAACGAUUCGUUGACAGAGCCAUUGUGGAAACGGGUGGACGAUCGAUUCUUUUGGAACCGUUAUAUUUCAAGCAAAUUGAUCGACGCAAUUCUCACAAAGGAUGCAAGCCAAAACUUUACCGAUUACAUCCUCCCUGUCAUGCAAGGCUUUGUCAACAUUGAAAACGUUCAUGUGAAUGAUAAAAAGUUUGUCUUGGGUCUUAUCACCCGUCGCAGUCGUUUCCGACCAGGCACCCGAUUCUUUUCUCGUGGUAUCGACAGCGACGGCCACGUCUCCAAUUUCGUUGAAACAGAACAACUCGUGCUUUACGAUGGACCGGACGCACCAUCACCUAUUGUUGGCAAGAAGCAGCUAUCGUAUGUACAGACCAGAGGCUCUAUCCCUGUCUAUUGGAGCCAAAUCAUCAACCUUAAAUAUACUCCGCGAUUGUGGGUUGGCGAAAGCAGAAAAAGUCUUGCCGCAGCUCGUAGCCACUUUGAUGAACAAAUCCGUACCUACGGCCCUCAGAUCCUGGUCAACCUUAUCAACAAAAAGGGCUACGAAUUGCCCAUGGGCCAAGCAUAUGCUCGCACCGUGGAACAAUUAAACGACCCACGUCUGUACUAUACGCAUUUUGAUUUCCACAGCGAGUGCAAGAAGAUGCGUUGGGAUCGUAUUCAGCUAUUGGUGGAUCAGCUCCAGGAACAGCUCGUCAAGCAAGGAUACUUUUACUACGAUGCUUCAGACAAGAAUGCCCCCGUUAUCCGCAAGUCUCAGGAAAGCGUUAUUAGAAGCAACUGUAUGGACUGCUUAGAUCGUACCAACGUUGUGCAAAGUACCUUUGCCCGCUGGGUGCUUACACAACAGUUGCGCCAGAUUGAGAUUUUGGGUCCCAAUGAAUCGAUUGAAAAACAUGCGGAUUUCAUGUUUGUGUACCGCAAUGUGUGGGCUGACAAUGCUGAUGCCGUGAGUACCACCUAUUCGGGCACGGGUGCCCUCAAGACGGACUUCACACGCACGGGCCAACGAACCAAACAGGGCGCAUUACAAGAUCUGUCCAACUCGUUGACCCGUUAUGUGAAAAACAACUUUCUGGAUGGCAAACGUCAGGAUGGAUUCGACCUGAUUUUGGGCAACUAUGAGGUACAACCUGCUUCCACUGCUGGUACCGUUGCCAUCAGCAGCGAAAAGCAGCAAUAUAUCAGCCCAUUUGCAAGCAACAGACCUUUGCGUGUGCGUGUUGUGCCUUCUAUCCUCGUCUUUGGGCUAUUCAUGCUGCUGCUCAACCUUUUACGACCGGGAUAUUCUGGCGUCCAAUCAUGGCUCUCCUACUUGAUGCUCUUGGCAUUCUGGCUCUCUGUUGUUGUCUCGGGUGUACGGUUUGCGAUCCGUCACGGUAAUCAGUUUGUCGAAUGGCCUCAUCUGGUGCACCAGCCCGAUUAUGAUCAAUUUGAGGCUAUGGGAGGGGUUAUGGAAAAAGGAUCUAACCUUCCUCCAGAGUCGGGUUUAGCACCGCAAAGACUGGAAUAG